AUGAAGCCCUUCACCUUGGCGACUCUGGCUACGGCCCUGCUUUCCAACCAGGCAGCUGCCCUGCCCGCCCUUGACCCAGAUACUCCCAUUCCUCUCGAUGCCUUCAAGUUUAAUGCUCGUGAUGGCCAAGACCCUCACAUGGGAAUCGACCCUGAGUUGAUUCGCAAGUUUGCUUCUCAGGCUCCCCCGAACCUUGGAAAGCGAGUUAUCGACUUUGACCCCAAGAAGCAGCUUGUUGAUGUGCACGGCAAGCACGAGUUCAAGGCUCCCGACUGGGACGCUGGUGAGGUUCGCGGUCUUUGCCCUGGACUCAACACUCUCGCCAACCACAACUACCUCCCUCGCAACGGAGUUGCCACUUUCACCCAGUAUGUUACUGCAGUUGGCAAAGUCUGGGGCAUGGCACCCGACAUGUCCGCCCUGCUCACCACUCUCGGUGUCGUUCUUGGUGGCAAUCUCUUCGCCGUCUCGCAGGGCGGCUGGUCCAAGCACAUGAACAACAACCUCCUUGGCCUCCUUGGUACUCCCCGUGGUCUCAGCGGCUCUCACCCCUUCUUCGAGGUUGACGGCAGCCCUACCCGUGGUGAUCUCUACGACCCCAUUGGUGACAACAACAACAUGAACAUGUCUUACUUCAUGGAUCUUUACAACCUCCAGAAGGAUGCCGAGGACCCUCACUACAGCAUUGAGGUCCUGUACGAGCACAACAAGAACCGCUGGCACCAGAGCAUUGCCACCAACCCCUUUGCUUGGUUCGGCCCUGCUAGCGGCUGGCUCGUUCGCGCCAGUCCCUACUCUUUCACUGCCCGCCUUGUCGCCAACCGCAGCAUGGAGCACCCUGAUGAAGGCCGACUCAGCAAGGAGAACCUCAAGAGCUUCUUCUCUGUCUAUGGACCCGAGGACAACAUGACCUACGUUGUCGGACACGAGCGUAUCCCCGAGAACUUCUACCGCCGCCGUUACACUGAUUACGGUAUUGCUGCUAACGCUCUUGACAUUGUCACUCACAGCCAUCCCGAGGUCCUCAGCAUCGGCGGUAACACCAACGGCGUCAACACCUUCGUUGGCAUCAAGGUCGACGAUCUUGCUGGUGGCGUACUCAACGGCAAGAACCUUCUUCAGGGCAACAACCUUGUCUGCUUCGCUCUCAACGCCAUCAAGACCGUCUCUCCCAACGCCGCGUCAUCUCUCUUCACCACCUUGACCUCCGUCACCGAUGUCAUAUUUGCUGCUCUUGAGCCUAUCAUGGGCGCCAUGGACUGCGCUGUCUACGACGAUCUCAGUGUCAACGGUACCAACUGGCUCGACUUCAACAAGAAGACUUACCCCGGCUUCAAGAAGGCUGGCGGUGGCUGGUAG